GACACCGAUUUAGUUAAAAAUGAAUCGCUGGAUUAAUCGUGUCGCUGUUGUCACUGGUGCAAGUGCGGGCAUUGGAGCUGCAUGUUGCAAAGAUCUCGUGGCCAAGGGCAUGAUGGUCGUGGGCCUAGCACGUCGGCAACAUCGACUUGAAGAACUAAAGGCAUCACUACCUUCCGAUCAGGCUCAACGAUUCCAUUGGCGUCAGUGUUACGUAGGUAAUGAGCAACAAGUAAUGGAUUCCUUUGCCUGGAUUGAUGAGAACCUCGGUGGUGCAGAUGUUCUGGUAAACAAUGCGGGCAUUACUCGUAGCAUCUGUAUAACUGAUGAAGGAAAUGGUGCCGAUCUGCGCAAUAUUCUCAAUACCAAUGUAUUGGGUGUCUCCUGGUGCACCCGAGAAGCAUUUUGCUCUAUGCAGCGACGCCGGGUAAACGAUGGACAUGUGAUUAUUAUUAAUAGCAUUGCCGGACAUCGUGUGCCCGUUGUGCCUGACUUGAGCCUGAACAUGUAUGCACCAUCUAAGCACGCUGUCACGGCGCUAACCGAAGUGCUUCGCCAGGAGUUCCACAACAAGGGCACCAUGACAAAGAUCACAAGAAUCAGUCCAGGGGUCGUAGAUACGGAGAUUUUUGAUAAAAACUCGCCCGAAUUGUACAAAAUGCCAAUGUUACGUGCCAAGGAUGUGGCCGAUGCGGUAUCUUACUGCAUUCAAACGCCACCCAACGUGCAGAUUCACGAGCUGAUUCUGAAGCCGCUAGGGGAAGUUCUUUAGUCCAGUUGUAUCCAAGCAAUUAAUUGAAAGAAAAUACACAUACACACAAGGACAUAUCAAUAUUUGUACAUAUAAAUUUGAUUUCUUUUCUAAAAAAUUAUUUGUGUUAAAUUGUUGAUAAAUUUGUAUGAAAGACUAUUUA